CCGAGAUCAUGGAUAGUAAGGGCGAACUGGUCAAGGUGGCUCGAGUUCACGCGAAAGAAUGAGGCUCGUCGGUGUCGAGGAAGCUACCAUAAGGAAUCUUCGGGGUUAUUGGUCGGGAGACACGAGAACAACAUGCUGCUGCCUCAGGACAUGAUGGCAGCCCAGUCGAAGAUGUUGUAUCAGAUGAACAAAUACUACGGCGAAAGGGUGCAAGCUCGUAUGGGCCAGGUACAGAAGACCAUAAGGGAAGUGUGCAAGGUGGUUCAGGAGGUUCUGAAGGAGGUGGAGGUCCAGGAACCGCGGUUCAUAUCUUCUCUGACCGAGUGCAACGGUCGCUACGAGGGCCUCGAGGUGAUCUCGCCGGGGGAAUUCGAGGUGGUCCUCUACCUGAAUCAGAUGGGUGUGUUCAACUUCGUCGACGACGGCACCCUGCCGGGCUGCGCGGUGCUGAAGCUCAGCGACGGACGGAAGAGGUCCAUGUCGCUUUGGGUUGAGUUCAUCACCGCCUCUGGCUACCUGUCGGCGCGAAAGAUCCGCUCGAGAUUUCAGACGCUGGUAGCACAGGCUUGCGAUAAGUGCGCCUACAGGGACUCGGUGAAGAUGAUAGCGGACACGACGGAGGUGAAGCUUCGUAUCAGAGAGAGAUACGUGGUUCAGAUCACGCCAGCGUUCAAAUGUUCAGGCGUGUGGCCAAGAUCGGCGGCGCAUUGGCCUAUUCCUCACAUACCGUGGCCUCAUCCGAACUUGGUAGCCGAGGUGAAGACAGAGGGGUUCGAUCUGUUAUCGAAGGAGAGCGUGGCGCUCCAGGGGAAGCAGUCUGCCAUGGAAGGCGACGCUUGGGUGCUGUCCUUUACAGAAGCUGAGACUAGGUUAUUGCAAGGUGGCUGUCGCAGACGAUGUCUGAGUAUUUUGAAAACGUUGAGAGACAGACACCUGGAUCUUCCCGGAAAUCCAGUGACUAGCUAUCACAUGAAAACCUUGCUGCUGUACGAAUGCGAGAAGCAUCCCCUGGAGACCGAGUGGGACGAGGGUUGUUUGGCAGAUCGUAUUAACGGGAUCUUCCUACAGCUGAUAUCCUGUCUUCAAUGUCGAAGAUGUCCGCACUAUUUCCUGCCUAAUCUGGAUCUUUUUAAAGGGAAAUCGCCUAGCGGGCUGGAGAACGCGGCCAAACAGGUGUGGAGACUGACGAGGGAGCUACUGACCAACAGUCGCGCUCUUGAAAAACUUUAG